AUGAUCACGAGGUCCAUAAUCCUUGUCGCGGCCCUUGUAGCAUCUUCUUCGGCAGCAAGUUGUGGUGCUUUGUCAGGGGCUCAAGCUGAAUGCUCGGAUCACACGCUCAUCGUUAUGGACGCAUCCGAAGAGAUCCAGAGCGUGCAGACCGUCCUUGACUAUAUGAACUUUACGAGCGAUAUGCUACUAGCAAAUUGGGGCUACAACUCGCGAAAGACGCAGUUUUCAUUUGCCACCUACGGGAUCAUAAACGUAUCGGCCAUAGCAUGCAAAGGUUAUAUCACUUAUGGGGAGAGCGUUCCUGACAGAAUUUGCCAAGCGAUCGUCCAAUGGAAGGGGUCGGUCGACCGCGGAAUCCUCGGUGAAGUCCAACUUCAAACAAUCGCGACGGACGUUACAACAUGCGCUUUGAGGGGAGAAACCAAACCGUACGAUCGGAUCCUCUUAUUCACGGCUGCACGAAAUCCGGCAGACAUCCAGGCUUCAUCUUGGCUGCCCAGCAAGGUGCCAACGGUCGUGGUCAAUCUUGGUGUCGGCGAUUUCAGGCAAGAAAACUCGGGACAAGACGGAUGUUGGGAGGUUACCGACGUUCCAACAUGGUACAACACCGAUACAACGGCCCCUCCAACUGGUAGCCCAGUGAACGAUGACAACGUCACGCUAUGCGACUGUGACAUCACCAAAUCAUGGAACGAUGUUGUGGUAAUUGCUGACAGCUCAUCUGCCAUGGGAAACGACCGUUUUGGCGAGCUCAGAGCCUUCGUCCUUUCCGCCCUCGCUCAGACCAGCGUCGGUCAAGCACAACAAUAUCAGACACGCGUCGGUGUCGUCAGCUACGCGAAAAACGCGGUCACACUAGCCAACCUGACUGACUAUAACAGCAUAACUGAUAUGUUUGUAACGAACUGGACCUAUGACGGAGCGGACGACACCAAUAUUCUCGGGGCUGUCAACAUAGCGGCCGACCAGCUGAAUUCCGCACAACACCGUACAAAGUCGAGAAAAGUGAUAAUUCUGGGCGCCAGCACCUAUAGAAGCAGCCGCGACUACCCGUUCCCCUACAACGAGACACUGACCUUCAAGAAAAACCAUGGAAUCAUCAUCGUCAUCGCCUAUGGCGAUCCCCAUGGACUGGGCACACAAAUCUUGAAGGAUAUUGCCUCACCUGGCUUCUACAUCGACGCAACCCCUGGCAGAAAUCCGAAUUUUGAUCAAAUGAAGACGCUACUCUGCAAUGCCAACUGUUUCUGCCCCGGAGAAGAGACGAAUGACCCAUAUUACCAAGUGCACGAUCAAAACCAGGAUUGGCCUUCCCAAGGAUGUUAUUGGGAUUCCACCCUUAUCGCCAUUCAACCACUUGUGAAGAGCACUUGCGCCAUCCUAUCGGCGGCACGUGGGGUGCCUACCAUGCCAAAAACUUUGCUGCAACAGUCUUCCGUCUUGUCUGUCGCCGCGCAAAACCUGACAAAGCCCGGCUUCUACAUUGGGCUGACGAAACAGGCCGGACAAUGGCGAUGGGAUGACGGAAGCCUUUAUGUGAGCUCUAUCUCCGGAGUAAUCCAAGAUGACGGCGUCAAUACAUGCGCGCAGGUCCAGCAAACUAACGGAUUCAACUGGGCGAUCAGCUCAUCCCUGUUGGAUAAACAUUUCCCCAUACUCAGGGAGCUACAUGAAGCUCUACACGGCUUCUACACGGCACUAAUAUGGCUUACAUUUGCCAUGCUAUUUAUCGACUGCCCGGCAGAAUACUGGGAUGCACUGGGCUUGCAGCUCCGCACCUACCUGAUCGCCAGCCUGAGCAACACGCGUCGGGGCGACCGGAAAUACGCUUAUAUGGAUACUCCCGAAUUCGAUGUGGAACACGAGCGAAUUCGCUGCUGGUAUCAGCGCCAAGUCCCGGCAACCAAACCCGUUAAUCUG